AUGGAAUCAGCACAAAGCAAAUAUGAGAUAUUUUUAAAAAAUAGCAGAACAUUUGGACAAAUGGCAUCAUCAUCAACAUUUGAAGAUGAAAAAUUACCUGAUCCAAAUCUUAUUUGGAUACUUCUUGAUAAAUUAGGUGAGGGAACAUAUGGAAAAGUAUAUCGAGCUAAAUAUUCGGAUUCGAAUGAAUAUGUAGCAGCAAAAAUAAUUCGUAUAAAAAAUGAUGAUAUUUCAAAUGAAUUUGAAAGUGAAUUAAAUAUUUUGAAGAAAAUCUCUAAACAACACGAGAAUCUACCUGAUUUUAUUGGCCUAUUUGGUGAAUAUAAUGAGUCCAGCGCUCGAAAUAUUUGGUUUGUUAUGGAACUAUGUCAUCUAGGUCCAAUUAAUCAAUUAAUAAAACGAAUUCAUAAGAAAAAUCAAUUGAAUACACUUGAAAAAGAAAAACUAAUUGCCUACGGAUUAAGUAGUACAUUGAAAGCAUUACAAUAUCUCCAUCAAAACGGUAUUAUGCAUCGUGAUGUCAAAGGUAGUCAUAUCUUAGUGACUAACAAUUAUGUUAUCAAAUUAAUUGAUUUCGGUAUUGCUGCUCUGUUCAGUGCAGAGCACUCAAAACGUAAUUCUAGUGUUGGCACUUCACUUUGGAUGGCACCUGAAGUCAUUGCAUGUGCGCAUCAGUUGGACUAUGCAUUUGAUGAAAGAUGUGAUAUAUGGUCUCUUGGCAUAACAGCAAUUGAAUUAGCUGAUGGUGAGGCCCCACUAUGUCAAUUUCAUCCGACCAAAGUUCUUUUCGAAGUUCCCCGCCGUCCACCACCAACAGUACGAGACGUAACAAAAUGGUCGGAAGAUUUUACAAAAUUUAUUUCAGCUUGUUUAAUUAAAGAUUAUGAACAGCGACCAUCGUCUGAAGAAUUAUUAAGAAAUGAAAGUUUUGUUAAAUUCGAUGAUGAAACAAAAGAAUCAUAUCGUGAUUUAUUAAAAACUUAUCAUAUGAAAUUAUCAUCAUUGGAUGUUCCGGAGGUAUCAGUUGAAAGUGAUCCAUCAUCGAUUAUGAAUGAUGCUGUAAAUAUUAAUCCUUGGAUUGAAAACAUAAGUAAUCCAGCAGAUUUUAUUGAUAAUGAAAAUAAUUUAGCACAAAUCCAUUACCUUGAUCCACAACAUAUUAUUAAUUCAUUACGAAGGCGUUUUAGUAAAACAUUAAUCUAUACAUAUAUUGGCGAUUCUUUAUUAGCAAUUAAUCCUAAACAAUUUUUACCAAUUGAUAAUCUUCAUUUUCAAUUCAAAUAUUUAAAGGAUAGAAAAGAUUUAUUACCACAUGUUUUUGCAAUAGCUGCAAAUGUUUAUAAUCAAAUGAUGAUUAGCCGACAAGCACAAUGUAUUAUUCUUUCGGGAGAAUCCGGUUCAGGUAAAACACAUGCUGCCCAAAAUCUAAUCAGUGAAUUAGCUCUUCUCGGUUUUGGUGAACAGCGUGCACUUGAAAAUUGUCUUGUUAACAUGAAUUUUUUACUUGAAUCAUUUGGAAAUGCACAAACUUCGCUGAAUAAUAAUUCUUCACGUUUUGGUAAACUUCUCGAUAUAUUUUUUUCUGAUUAUGGCACAAUAGCCUAUGUUCAAUUGUCUCAAUUUCUUCUUGAAAAAACUCGCGUGGUACUUGCCAGUGGUAACAAGAGAAACUUUCAUAUAUUCUAUUCAAUAUAUUCCUAUUUCUCUCAACCACAAUCGAAUCCUUGUAUCUCAAUCGAUCAAGAAUCAUCGGAAUUAUUUCAAACUGUUAAAUAUUAUUCGUAUCUUGGCAAUAAUAAUAAUAAUAAUGAUGAUCAAGCAGUAUCAACAGUAUCAUUAGAGAAUUUAUUUCAAAUUUUAAAAGACCUAAAUAUAACCGAUGAUGAACAAGCAUCGAUAUUGGCUAUUCUUACUGCAAUUAUUCAGUUGGGAAAUGUUUCAUUUAAACCUGAUACCGAGCCCAAUGAACCUGGCUGUUCGAUUGAUCAAGAAUCAAUGCCACAUUCCAAUGCUGUUUAUCGUUUAUUAAAAAUUGAUAACGAUCAAUUUAUUCGUUCAUUAAUUCAAUCAAGUUUAAUGACACGUGGUGAAACUGUGACGAAAUUAAAUACGAUUUCGGAAGCACAACAAACACGAGAUGCUAUGGCCAAAUCUCUUUAUUCUCGUUUAUUUGAUUGGAUUAUAUAUGGAUUGAAUCGUUAUUUUCGAACGGAACUUGAAUAUGAACCACGAUUAAUUGUUGAUAUUCAUAAACAACAUGAAAAAGAUUUAUUGAAGAAAAAAUUAAGUUUACUUCAAGAAACCGAUGAAGAAUCGGAUAAAAAAAUUCGAAAUGAUGGUCUAUGUUCAAUAUCAAUACUUGAUUUAUUUGGUUUUGAAACAUUUGAAAGUAAUUCUUAUGAACAAUUAUGUAUUAAUAUUGCUAAUGAGCAAUUGCAAUAUUUUUUUCGACAACAUACAUUUGCAUGGGAAAUGAGAGAAUAUGAAAAUGAACAAAUAGAAAAAACGGCUUAUCGUGAUAAUUUUGAUUUUCCAAAUAAUCGAUCAAUUCUUGACAUGUGCUUAUCCAAGCCUAUUGGUCUAUUAACGUUACUCGAUGAAGAAUCUCGUUUUCCACAAUCAACAGAAUUUACUCUUGUUAAUAAAUGGCGUGAAAAUUUAAAUUCUUCACAUUUUACUACCAUGUCUCUGUCGUCAUCGUUGUCACGUAAAACGUUAAAACGUCAAAAAACACUUUCACUGGAUCUACAACCAUUAUUUACAAUAUCACAUUAUGCUGGUAAGAUUGAAUAUUCAGCAAAAGAUUUUCUAGAAAAAAAUCGCGAUUAUGUACCCAUGGAAAUUAUCGAUUUACUUCUACAAAGUGAUGAUCAUCUCGUUAAUUUACUUUUUCGCAGUCGUCUACGUAAAACCGGUAGUGUUGUUUAUAGCGAACAAGAAAAACAAGAUCAAAUUUCAACAUUAUUUCGUUCAAAACCUCAUAAAACAGCAACACUCAGUCGUACACAAGGUACUGUAUCAACAUAUUUUCGUUAUUCAUUAAUGGAAUUAGUUACGACAAUGGCAUCAAGUCAGCCAACAUUUAUACGAUGUCUUGUACCAAAUCGUUUACCAUUUCAAAGCUCGCAUAUAACACAUGAUCAAACAAGUUAUUUUCCACAAAAUUUUAAAUUUGAUUCAAGCGAAUUCGAUGACGCCGUUGUUCUUGAACAAAUACGCUAUAGUGGUUUAAUUGAAACAAUUGAAAUUCGUCGUCAAGGUUAUUCACAUCGAAUCCCGUUUGAAGAUUUUAUAUCGAGAUAUGCAUGUCUUCUUGAUAUGAAAUCGAACUCCACAGAUGAUCAUAAACAAUUAUGUGAAUUAAUCGUAAAAACAUUUCGUAUUAAUAAUUAUGCAAUAGGUAAAACAAAAAUCUUUUUAAAAUAUCAUCAUAUUGAACAAUUAAAUAUUGCACAUAAAAAUUUUAUGACAAAAAUUAUCCGUUUACAAUCUUACAUAAGAAUGUAUUUGGUUCACAAGCAAAAUGAAACUCUUAAAAACAAUAGUGUCGUAUCAGAUUAUGAACAAUCCGUUGUACGUGUUCAAAAGAUAGUGCGCAAAUAUUUUGUACGACGUGCCGAACAGAAAAAAGUACGUUCUAUUGUUACGCUUCAAGCUUAUUGGAGAAUGUGGUAUGAGCGAACUCGUUUCAAACGUCGUCUACUCGAUUAUCGUAAUGAAAAAAUUCAAAUUUCCUAUUUUCUUAAACAAGUUGAAUUACAUGGAAAUAAUUUAUAUCAAAAUUUGAACAAUUUAGACAACGCAACUGAAUGUACAAAUGGAUCGUCAAUAGAUGAAGAUAAAACUUCACCUGAAGACCAGUCUUUACCAAAUAAAUUCAUUCAGUACAAAGCACGAAAUUUAAAUCGCAUGAAUAGUAAACCAAAAAUUAGCAUGUUAUAUGGAUAUUACGAUAUUAUUCAUAAAACUUUUCGCGAUAAAAAUAAUAAUCAAAAUAGUGAAGAAAAGAAAAAAGUAAGAAUCGUUCAUACAACGACACAACGACCAGCAACAGCUCCAGCAACAGCUAAUAUUCCAACAGCUCCACCUUGUCCACCACCAGAUUUUUUCCAACAACCAAAUACCGAGAUAAAAGCUAUCAAACAACAAAAGUCAGCACCAGCUACAGUUACAACUCAUAUUGAUGAAUUAAAACAAAUAUUUGCUAACCGACAAUCACAACAGCCGACGAAUUCAUUAACACCAAUCAUGCCACAUCGAGCAAGAUCUUCAUUAACGAAUAUUCUAAAUACAGAAGAUAAUUCAUCGUCACCACCACCAAAUUUCCUUGCUGUCAAUCAUUAUAAUCACAUAGAAAACGAUGAUGAUUAUAACCUACGCCAUCGUCGUCGUCUUUCUUCAUCAUCAAGUAUAAUUAAAAGUAAAUCAUCUGGUUUAGUAACAUGCAGUACAUCAAAUCUCGUUGGUGAUAUGGCGUUAACAUCAGAAAAUGUUGUCAGACUCAAAGAAAAUCUACGUAAAACUGGUUUUGCACUACAAGGCAAUCAAACUCUAAGAAGAAAAUUACCAACGGAAACAGUACAAAUCGAUUUUCGUAGUAUACUUCGGCGAUCCAAGUAUAAUUCAAGUACAUCAAUCAAUCAAUAA